AUCCGACGACCGCGAGCUGCUGCUUCUUCUUCUUCUUCAUCUUCCGCUUCUUCUUCAGCUCUUCUUCGCCGGCAUCGCCGUCGUCGUCCGGUGCAGAGUCAGGCGCUCCCUCCGUCCCUCGCCGACGAGUGGCUGGACCCGAAGGAGCUCCAUCUCGGCCCAGGACUUCCUCCGAUUCGAGUCCAAUCUCUCUCCCUCUCUCGCGAAAACCCUAGUCAAAGAUGCCGCCUUUCUCAGUCGCCCCUCGCCGCUCGCAAUGAAGAGAGCCUGGAAGAUCUCCGCCUCCGCCCACUCCGAGCUGCUAUGCCUCCGGCGACCCCCUCGCAGCCCCACGACCCCGAGGCCGCCCCGCCUCCUCGCCCGCCCGAGGUCGCCGGCCCACGGGCCCUCCCGCGGAAUCUGCGGCACGGCCGGCCCGAGCCCGGCCGUGAUGAGGGACAUCAUGGAGCUCUUCGUCGAGAAGUUCGCGCGGGCGGAGGAGAGCAGGGCGGCGCUCGGCGAAGGCGUCCGGGCCAGGGUUGUGGAGCUGAGGGACGAGCUGGCGCGGCUCGACGGGCCGGACGAGAUCGUUAGGGUUUUGGACGAGAAAGCCGAACCCUUGCUCCACUCCGUCGAUGGGUUGGCGUUUGUUGAGUUCCUGAAGCAGCUCGACUCCUGGCCUCAUCAAGCUCUAGAGGUCUUUUUUUGGAAGAGGAAACUUCAGGAGCGCGGUAUUCCGAUGACAUCCGAGGAGUAUGUCAAAGGCAUUACGGUUGCUGGUAGAAUUAAGGAUGUUGAUCUAGCUACGGAACUAUUUACGGAAGCUACUAGUAAGAGAUUGAAGGCGAACUCUACUUAUAAUGCAUUGAUGGGUGCUUAUAUGUACAAUGGCUUGGCGGGAAAGUGCCAGAAGCUUUUCCAGGAGUUGAAAAAGGAUGCAGACUGUAGUCCUUCGAUAGUUACGUAUAAUAUUCUUAUCUCUGUUUUCGGGCGCUUAAUGCUGAUAGAUCAUAUGGAGGCGGCUUUUCAGGAGGUAGAGUGUUUAAAACUUGCCCCCAAUAUUGUCACGUAUAACAAUCUAAUUUCUGGGUAUUUGACUGCUUGGAUGUGGGACAAUAUGGAAAGAACUUUUCAGACUAUGAAGGCAAGUCCUGUUAAGCCUAAUACAAGUACAUACUUGCUGAUGCUUCGUGGUUAUGCACACUCGGGUAAUUUGGAAAAGAUGGAAGAGACAUACGAGUUGGUAAAAGACCAUGUCAAUAAGAAUGAUGUGGCUUUGAUUAGAGCCAUGAUAUGUGCAUACUGUAGGAGCUCUAUCAUGGACAGAGUUAGGAAAAUUGAGACGCUACUAGGGCUCAUUCCAGAAAAUGGGUAUAGACCUUGGUUAAAUGUGUUGCUGAUCAAGGUUUAUGCACAGGAGGAUUGGUUGGACAAGAUGGAAAACUCAAUCAAUGAGGCCUUUGAGCAGAAAACCUCUGUAAAUGCAGCAAGUGUGAUGAGGGCUAUAGUGGGCAGUUAUUUCCGAUGUAAUGCGUUAGAUAAGCUUGUGAACUUCGUGAAGCGCGCAGAAUGUGCUGGGUGGAGAAUCUGCCGUUCUCUUUAUCAUUGUAAAAUGGUAAUGUAUGGAUCACAGCAGCGGUUGGCGGAAAUGGAGAGUGUGCUUGAUGAGAUGAACAGUUUUAAUUUCGAUCUAACAAAGAAAACGUUCAUCAUCAUGUACUAUGCCUACAUAUCCAGUGGUAAAAAAGAUAAGGCGGAGCAGAUAAAAGGACUGAUGUGCAAGUAUGGUUAUGGGGUACCUCAUGAUGCCGUCUCUUCAUAAUAAAACCCCUCCUUCCAUCUUCUUGUACUGGGUGGUUACAUGCGAAUGUUUAAGUGUUAUUAUCAAUAACUGCUUGCACAAGGCCAUUCAGCUGAUUGUUCUGAAUGAGGAAUUGCUGUUGUUCAUACGUGUCCCUGGAUAAGGAAGUGUUAUUUACUUGUAGAAGAUGAACAUGAUUAGCAAUGCAAAUGUGCCAUUUGCAUAAUUCCAUCCGACCUGGUACUUCAAGCAGUAUUCUUUCUCACCAAUUUCAUGAUUCAAUCUGUCUAGAGUGUGUUGAGUUCUUUUGGAGCUCUGAGCUUACCGGCAACACUUGGGAAUGGGAUGCAUGAUAAGCUCUGCGACUUUGGGCAUGGUAUAUUGGAUCUGUGCACUUCAUUUACCGUGAGCACUUUGGUGAAUGAUUCAUCUGCUACGAAGUUGGCCAGAUUAAUCAGUAGGCCAUAGCGAACUGAUUUUUGGAUUUUACCCAAGGGUGGGGCCAACCCCCAGAAAAUAAGAGUUUCAAUUUUUAGAGUUAUUGUCCCUUUUGUGUUUUAAGAUCUCUUAUUCUUUUCUGCGGAUUUUGGAUUUUACCCAAGGUUUGGGCCAACCCCAGAAAUAAGAGUUCCAAUUUUGACGUUCAUUGUACCAUUUGUGUUUUAAGAUCUCUUGUACAAUAUGGGACAUGCAUCUUCUGAAAUGACCUUGGGGAUGAAUUGGGGUACUGUUAUUGGUGUUGUGACUGAAAGAAGUGGUACACAGGAUUUCUUGCAAUUGCCCAGGUUUUGUGCUUGCAAUAUACUGCCGGUACAUCUGUCCGCAUAUGUAGAGCUUGUGUAUGACAUUUCGAGAGGAGAAAAUAACACCUGGUGGAUGGCUGAAUACUCAUUUAUC